AUGGCGGCUGAGACCAGACGGGACCUCUCCACAUUACCUCAACAAUUUGACGCUACUUCCGAAUCCACCGCCACUUACCCGGCCCCUGUCUCGAGGCGGCCGGUCGAGGUGGGGGUUGGGGUAGAUAUGCCUCUGCUUGGUCGCUCUGGAGAUGGUCCAUCGGAUCUCUUGUCCUUUACUGCCACGCAUCCUUCCCCUCCUAUGAAGAGGUUUCAUGUUGCUCAGAAAGACCGGUGCCUAGAUUACGGAGGGGGAUCUUACCUAUGGCCCACGAUUCAACUCAGCAGUCCACAAGAUGCGUUUCUGAUAGAGCACCUACCACGCAAAAAGCAAACUGAUAGACAUGGCAAGCUAGACUUGAGAAGCGUUAGGUCAUGUGAGAAUUCCUGUUACCCGCACGACUGCUCUGAUGUGUUCCACAAACAGGGACUGACCUCGGAUGGCGUGUAUCUCAUAUACCCAUCUGGGUCUAACUCUCCUGCAGUUCCUGUGUACUGUGACAUGACCAGCUCAGGUGGACCAUGGACAGUAUUCCAAAAGCGAUUUGAUGGUUCAGUAAACUUUUACCGCGGUUGGGAAGAAUAUAAAUCUGGAUUUGGACGUGCAGACGGGGAGUACUGGCUGGGUUUGCAGAAUAUUUAUCUUCUCACCCAGAAUAAGCUGUAUCGUCUUCGAGUUGAUUUGGAGGAUUUUGAGAAUGAGAAACGGUUUGUUACAUAUAAUGAAUUCUAUAUCUCACCUCUCGCCAUCUCUGCUGAGGAGGACAGAUAUAAACUGCAUAUCAAUGGAUUCCAGGAAGGGGAUCCAUCAAAACAUACAGGGAAUGGCCUUGCAUUUCAUAAUGGUAUGAGUUUCACUACCCAUGACCACGAUGGAGACAACCGCCCAUUUAAUUGUGCACAGUUAUACAAGGGAGCAUAUUGGUACAACGCAUGCCAUUCAUCUAAUCUGAAUGGUGAAUAUCUGCAUGGCCCAACUAAGGUGUAUGCUAAUGGCAUAGUGUGGUCAUCAUGGAAAGGGGCAAAUUACUCUCUGAAAAUGAGUGAGAUGAAGAUCUCUCCGGUUGAGUAA